AUUACGUGAAAUGACAAAAUGUUGAUUUUUGUUGAUUGUCGGCAUUUGAGUUGAGAAAAUUUGUGAUUUCUCCCAGAAAUAGGUGAAUGAUACUGUGAAUUGUUAUUUAAAUUGCAAGAAAAAGAGUCUGUGGAGGAUAUUUGGUGGAUAAGCUAUGGAAUCUGACUCAAUUGACGAUGUAAUUGUCUAUGAUGAAGACUCUCUGGGGGCAACAUCCUCAGAGCGUCCGGAGGGUGAAAAAGGCGCUGAAGCAGCUGAAAAAUGCAUCGUGGCCAAUGUUGUGUCCAUGUAUCAGUGCCAGGAAUGCAAUGCUGUUGUGUCUACGGCUGAGGAGUUCUUGUCUCACCACCAGAUCAUGCACAGUGGCAGCAGGGAGGUUAUGGUGGAGUUUCUGAAGGAAUCCGAUGCCCAGGAGCCAGACAGCGAUGUUGAUGUGAAGUAUGUGUGUAGUCUGUGCUAUGGGGUAUUUGAAUCUGUGGAGCAUACGAAGCAGCAUAUGAUGCAAGAUCACAAACUCAAGGAAAUUGGAGCAAAGGAGGAUCCUGUGAGUUCCAAUCCUUCAUCGGAUUCCAAUGAGGAGAAGACUGAGACGGAAUCUGGGGGAAAGGAGCAGUGGAAACCAAUUUCAUUGAAGCAGUUGAAGACUAAGUUGACCAGGAAUUUGACUCACAAGUGCACGGUCAAGGGGUGUCUGUACAAGUUCGAAAGUACGGAGAAGCGAGAUAUCCAUCUCAAGUGUCACUGUUCGGUGGAGAAUAUCCGGAAUUUCAAGUGUCCGGAAUGCGGGGAAGAGCACAAGAGUUGGCGCACUUGUGGGCUUCACAUGUGGAAGGAGCACAAGAUCGAUGUGGAUAUGCUAAAGUGUCCACUGUGCAACUACAAAGUCCUCACAACUGUCCAGAUCUUCAGGCAUCUGCAGAGUCAUGGACCAACUCGAGGAUUUGCCUGUACGAUGUGUCCAAAAACCUUCUCGCAGUACUCCAAACUUCGCUACCACUCUGUUAAUCAUCUGGAUAAGAAGGCAGCAGCUGCCAAUCGUUGGUACUCCAAGAAGACCUGCGACAUCUGCCUCAAUGUCUUUGCCAACUCCAAGACACUCUCAAAGCAUGUUUCCGGAUGUCACAAUCAGAUCAUGUCGUAUCGCUGCAACAUUUGCGGCAAACAGUCCACCCGGAAGGCCACAUGGCUCAUCCACUUGCGACAGCACACGGGCGAGAAGCCCUUCCGCUGUGAACAUGCCAAUUGCAACUUCAUGGCCAGAGAUCCGAGUGUUCUGAGGAAGCAUCGGCUGAGGCAUACCAAUACAAAACCCUACAAAUGCACCCAUUGCGACUACAGCGCCAUCCAGACAGAGCCCCUGAAGACGCACAUCCGGACGAAGCAUCCGGAGGAGUACAUGAAGAUGAAGUGCGAUCAGUGUUCCUUCAUUUCCAUCAACAGUGAACUCCUGCAGAGGCACAUGAGGGAUCACAAAGCAGGUUUGGUGAAGAAUGAAGAACACAGAGAUGUCGACAUGACCAAGAGCAAGAUUCACAAGAGCAUCCCAGAGACUUCAUCAGACUGCUUCCUUCCUCUGGAGAGCACGGAUUCGAUGCAAUCUUCCUUAGACACGGGUGGUGUGACAAUUCCAGCCCACUCAGAAGACACGCAAUUUCCUCUCUUCAAUGAAUAAUGAAUGGGCACAAAGAAAAUAAACACUGUUCAGAUGCGAAAGGUAA